AUGGCAACAACUGUACCGGAUUUUCCUCCUGGCUAUGUCGAGGAGGAUAUCAGUCGAAGAGUUCUCAUUGCAGCUUACUUAUUCAUUCCCCUUGAGAUCGUGAUCGUUGGCCUACGCUGCCUAACUCGAUGGAGGUUCGCCGGAAAAUGGGGCGUCGAUGACUACUUCAUGGCACCAGCCUUGCUCUUCUGCCUCGGAGUCUGUGUCAUUGGGAUAGUCGAGGUGCACAUUGCGGGCAUUGGCCGACACCUCCUAGUUCUCUUGUACGGUGGCGAAACUGAGAAAGCCGUCAACUGGGUUAAGUGCGGCUAUGCCAUCGAAGUGGUCUAUUUUAUCGCCGUAGCAUCGCCAAAGCUAUCGGUCCUGGCCAGCUAUCUCCGGAUUUUCGUCGAAAAGAAGCAUCGCAUAGCAGCUUACACAAUCGGUGGAGUUGUUGUUGCUACAGCCUUUACAGGAGUCGUCACGUCUCUGGCGUCCUGCCGGCCUUUCUCUGCCCGCUGGGACUUUACGCUGGUAGACACCCAUUGUAUAAAUUCCGCACACUUCUGGCAAGGCAUGGCGUUCCCCAACAUCGUCACUGAUCUCUUGAUGCUUGUGCUGCCCUGGCCGGUGUUGUGGCGUUUGCAGCUUCCGAGACGGCAGAAGCUUGCUCUCGUAGGGGUCUUCCUCCUCGGCAGUUUUGGCAUGGUUGCCAGCAUCAUUCGCCUGACAGCCACAUUCCGGUUCGAUUCACUUAGUGAUGGAACUUAUGUUUCGGCGGACAUUUGUGUCUGGUCAAUAGUCGAACCUGGGUGCUACUUGAUAGCCUCUUGCCUUCCAGCUCUCCGCCCCCUUUUCACCAGCAUGAAGAAGCUCGUCACGACCAGCUUUUCAGCCAAAAGCAAGUCCACUGGGAGCUACGGCGCCCAGAACACCGGAGAAAGCGAGGCGUACAUAGAGUUAGUCUAG